AUGACGCCAACCAAAAAACGCCUCGAAAAAGAAUACCAAAGCCUACGCAAAACCCCCGCAGCCGGCUACCACGUCGAGCUAAAACACGGCGACAUCUUCGAAUGGACAGGCACCCUCCACGGCCUCUCCGCCUCCCCCUACGAAGGCGGCACCUUCGCCUUCCACAUCCAAUUCACCGACGAAUACCCCGAAGCACCACCCAAACUCAACUUCCUGACCAAAAUCUACCAUCCCAACGUUGACGCCAGAACGGGCGUUGUGAGUUGGAAGAUGCUGGGCGAGGAGUGGCAUCAUAAUAAUACGAUGGAGAAGGUGUUGAUAGGCUUGAGGACGUUGUUGGAUCAUCCGGAGUUGGAGAGUGCGGUUGAGAACAAGUACAAGAGUCUGCCUCCAGAACCAGACUUACAAGGCCUUCACACUCAACCGGAUUUACUCAUCAUGGACCAAACCCGCGCAGAGACAAUCACCGAUUUCUUCCAAACCCUCAUGGACAUCAACGUCAAGAUUCCCAAGCUAGCUCGUGGCAUGGAAGUAAAGCUACUAGCUGCAUGUAUGGAUGCGGGUGUAGCUCCCUUCUGGGAUGACUUCACUGAGCUCUCUCUACCGCAACUCCUUACUCUGGCUAGGAAGAUGGAGCAUGAGGCGGCGGAUAUGGUUAACGCUAGAAUACAGGGCAAUAAUUGGGAUAAUGAGGAUAUGAGGGAGCAGAAGAUGGAGUACCUCAAGGCUGUAGCAAAGGUUGGGCCUAAUUGUACGCCGAAGGGGUUGGAGGAGUUUGCGGAAAGGUCGAGGAUGAUGGUGGAGAUGGGGAAGAUGGAGAGGGAUAUUGAGAAGGGUAUGUCGGGAUUAAAGGUGUGA